UGUGUGUAUUUGUGUGAUUCGUUUUUCAAUCAUUUUCCAACUUUUGAGGAAACCUCGAUUUGCUCGUGGUUUCCACGGUACAAUAGAUAUAAAGUAAAAAUACUAAAAGAUAUAGUGAAAAAAUAUUAAAAAUCCAACGGAAAAUUAUUAAGCCAAUAACAAACGGAGUAUACAAGCUCCAUUGAUAAUCGGAAAUAUAUUUUUGAAGAAAUUAACUGAGUGGUGGUGGUCAAAUACAUCAAAUAAAAGCGUGCUUCUCUAUACAACCAACGUUCUCAGUCACAGUCAGCAGUGUAACCGGUGUUUGUAAAAGCAGAAAAAGAUUAAAUAGACAAGGAAAAAGAACAAAAUGCCUUCCAGCGAUCCACUGCCUCCUAAAGAGAGUGCGCUCUUUAGGAAACUAAUGAAAUGCUAUGAAAUGAAACAAUACAAAAAUGGUCUUAAAUUAGCCAAACAAAUACUUUCGAAUCCAAAGUAUACCGAACAUGGUGAAACAUUGGCCAUGAAAGGUUUAACCCUCAACGGUUUGGGGCGACGCGAGGAAGCCUAUAAAUAUGUGCGUUUGGGACUGCGUAACGAUUUGCGAUCACACGUGUGCUGGCAUGUGUAUGGUCUGCUGCAGCGUAGUGAUAAAAAAUACGACGAGGCCAUCAAGUGCUAUCGAAAUGCCUUGAAAUGGGAAAAGGAUAAUUUGCAAAUUCUUAAGGAUUUGUCGCUGUUGCAAAUACAAAUGAGAGAUUUGGAGGGUUACAAAGAGACAAGGCAUCAUUUAUUCAAGUUACGUCCAUCUCAGCAUGCAUCUUGGAUCGGUUUUGCCAUGAGUUACCAUCUGUUGGGCGAUUUGGAGAUGGCCAAUAGUAUAUUGGAUGCAUUUAAUCAAUCGCAAACUUCAGUGGAACCCAAUGAUUACCGCCACUCAGAGUUGUUACUUUAUCAAAAUCAAAUAUUAGUAGAGGCCGGCAAAUAUCAAGAAGCUUUGGAUCAUUUGAUUAAAUACGAAAGUCAGAUGGUCGAUAAAUUGGCCGUUCAAGAAAGUAUGGGCGAUGUGUACAUUAAAUUGGGCCAACAACCGAAGGCUGUGCCAAUUUUCGAGGAACUUAUACGUCGCAACCCAGAGAAUACUCUUUAUUACGGACAAUACUUCCUGGCCAAACAGAUCGAUGAUGUCGAUAAUAAAUUGUUAGCUUUUAAAAAAUUGCAAGAGACUUAUCCUCGCGCCAUGUGUCCCCGACGCUUGCCUUUGGAUGUGGCUACUGGCGAUACUUUCCGCCAGGUACUGGAUGACUAUUUGAGACGCGGUCUACGCAAGGGAGUUCCCCCGCUAUUUGUCAAUGUACGUACAUUGCAUUCGCAACCGGACAAGGCGGCUGUUGUGGAAAAACUAAUACUGCAGUAUUAUGAAAAUCUAAUACGUUCUGGUCACUUCUCGCGUGAAGAUGCCGACAAUAAUCUGCCCGUGGAGCCAGCAUCUGCCGUCGUAUGGACUCUUCUGUUCCUAGCCCAGCACUAUGACUACAAGCGUGAGACAGACAAGGCUUUGGAGUACAUUAAUGCCGCCAUCGAGCACACACCAACCCUAAUUGAAUUGUUUAUCACCAAGGGGCGCAUUUACAAGCAUGCUGGUGAUCCCAUGGAAGCCUACAUGUGGCUCGAUGAAGCUCAGAGCAUGGAUACGGCCGAUAGGUACAUAAACUCAAAAUGCGCCAAAUACAUGUUGCGCGCAAAUUUGAUUAAGGAAGCCGACGAGAUUUGUGGAAAGUUCACACGUGAAGGUGUGUCGCCCAUGGAAAAUCUUAAUGAAAUGCAGUGUAUGUGGUUCCAAACUGAGUGUGCUAUGGCCUAUCAACGCAUGGAGCGUUGGGGUGAGGCUUUGAAAAAAUGUCACGAAGUUGAUAGACACUUUUCGGAGAUUAUUGAAGAUCAAUUCGAUUUCCAUACGUACUGUAUGCGCAAAAUGACAAUGCGUGCCUAUGUGAGUUUGUUGCGUUUGGAGGAUGUGCUGAGGCGUCAUCCAUUCUACUAUAAGGCGGCCAAGUGUGCCAUAGAGGUUUACAUUAGACUAUACGACAAACCUCAAAAGUCUGAGGAAACCAUUGAGGAAAAUGAUAUCGAAAAUCUACCACCUUCGGAACUUAAGAAACUUCGCAGCAAGCAACGUAAAGCUAAAAAGAAAGCCGAACUCGAAAGCCAACAGGCAGCUCAAGCACAAAUUAAACGCGAACAACAUCAGAAAUCGAAACAACAAGCUAACCAGGAAGCGGAUCCCGAAGCCCCUCAACUGGAUGAAUUAAUACCCGAAAAAUUGGAACGGCCAACUGAUCCCCUGGAAAAGGCCAUCGAAUUCUUGAAGCCACUCCAGCAAUUAGCCAAAGAACAUAUUGACACACAUUUGUUGGCUUUCGAAGUUUAUUCACGCAAGAGCAAAAUUCUGCUGAUGAUUCAGUCGAUCAAACGCGCACGUGCCAUCGAUGCUGAGCAUCCCGAGGUACAUCGUUGUUUAACUCGUUUGAUGCAGGUGCUGCCAACGUUGACAAAGGAUUUGAACGUGUACGUUAAAACCGUCGUGGAUAAAGCCAUUCAAGAACUGAUAGGUACUAAGAGUGUUAAACAAUUGAACGACGAGUUCAUUGCGAAGUACAACUCUUCCAUAUCGCAUUUAUACGAAGCAGCACGUAUUAUGUACGAUUUGGAUGCCAGUAAUCAGGAGGCGGCAAUUAAGCUAAUUACCACAUUUGAUCUAGAAAAUGUUAAACUGGAGGAAGCGACAAAGAUAUAUGAAUCGCUGCGCGAUGGUAUCUUUGGAAAUUGUGAAAAUGCGGUGCAAAACUACAAAGAAACCUGUCAUAAACGUUUUAAAUAUGCUCGUCUAUUUCGUGAUAAUAUAGAGGAAACAGCAGUUCCAACAAACACCUCUGGCAGCCAGGAUGAUUCAACAACUACUCCUGCUAAUCAUGUAGAAAAUGAUCAGGUGACAGCUGAUUUGUAAUAACACUCUGCUAAAUAUCAUUUAUCACUUUUUACUAUUACUACAACUACAACAAGAACAACUAUUAAUUAGUGUACUCCUAGUAAGUACUUCAGCACAUCUGCGAAGAAUCGACUAAUCGAAUAUGAAUGAUGGAACUGCUGCAACAAUAACAACACCGACUGGACUUCAAAAUAAAACACACACUUACAUACAUACAUUUUUAACACCAAAAAAUCCAAACAACAAGAACUAUUAAUACGAUCACAAUAAACUGCUGAAGAUGAUGAAUAAAUAUAAAACAAAAUAUUAAAAUUUAAUAAAAUAAAAUACAAAAGAAACAUCAAUAAACUAAAUUUUAAACAAAAAAAUACCACAAAAACAAAACACCAUGAAAUUAAGCUUAAUUUUUUAUGUAUAAUGUAGAAAAAAAUAAUAAAAGCGAUAAAAUGUUUUAAUCUUCUCUAUUUCGAGUCGAAAACUCAACUAGUUCUCUAACAAAAUGCAUUCAUUAGAUUAUUUUUACAAUUUAUUAUUUUAUAUUGUGUUUAUUAUUAAUUUCUAAAUCUAAAUACAUGCAUUCAUCUCUAUUGAUCAAUUAUUAAUGUUUAAAUUAUGUGAAACUAUUUUUUUUAUUUAUAAUUUAAAAUGCAAUUAUUUUCAUGUUUUUAUUUAAAACUGCUUCUAUGAGAAUUAUGAAUAAAAAAAUUUAGCAGUGGGGAAAGUAAUACACAACUUAAGAGCCCCAUGGAAAUUAUACAAAUACAUAGCAAUGUUUACACAACAACAACAGCAACACAUCGAGUACACAGAAAUUACUUUUUUUUUAAUUUUAUUUAAAACCAUACAAUACAAUACAGUACAUAUGCAUACAUAUUUUAUAUAAUAUAAAAAUAUAAUAUGGAGUAAAUAGAUCAUAAACAAAACAAAAAAAAAUAAAAACAGAAAAAACUAAAAUCAAUAAAACAACAAAAUCAACCGAUACUUCUUAUUGAUAAAGAACAAACUAAAUUUUAAUAUAUUUUAUAUAUAAACAACAACAAAACAAUAAGUAAAAGCCCGAAAAUAAAAGAAAUAACAAAUAAAUAAAUGCAAUUCUUAAUUACAAAUUGUGAUUAAGAGACAAUUACAAUGUAAA